GCCAGUAAAAUGUACAUAAUAUGUACUCUGUGAUAGAGACUAGGAAGUGUAUAUACUUUUGGCAGUCGUAUUGACUUGUGUUUGUUGUUACUUGUUUUUAUUAGAUUGUCUAUUUUGGCGCAAAAAGAUUUUAUACAACAACUCUGCUAAUGGACUUAAUUAAUCCGUAAUGGAGUUAACGCAGCGGCUAGAAUGUACACAAGAAUUGUAUCCAAACAGAUCUGAAAAGGAUUUUCCUGAUCAGAUCGGAUUUUUGGGUAUUUGUGGGACUAAGUACCCAUUAAAAAAAGGUCCAAAUAAAAUUGGACGAGAUCCUGAAACUUGUAAUAUUAAUUUGAACUUAAACUCAAUAUCAAGGCAGCAUGCAGUGAUAAAUAUAUUAAACAACCAUGAAUACAUGCUUAUGGACUUGGAUUCGGCGAACAAGACCAAGCUCAGUGACAAAACAUUACAAGCAUACAUACCAUAUCCUCUGAAAAAUGGAGAUAUGGUACAGUUUGGGCAAGUUUUUGGAGUGUUCAGGCUAUUUCAAGAGGACAAUGACCUACCAAUGACACAAGCUAUUGAAGUACCAGAGACACCAGUGCAUAGAAGACAUGUCUCCAAAUUAAAUACAAUACAUGUUACUACAAUACCGGAGUCACCUGACGUUAGUGAUAGGGAUGAUUCAUUUAUAGUUGCAUCACAACAAAAGCCAAAUAAUUUAUUUAAAAGUCCAAACAAUAGGUUCAUAAAGACAUCGGGCACAACAAUAUCAAUCAAACCUCUUGGUACAAAUAAAAUUGAUAAUGUUUUUUGGAGCUCUUCUAAGAAGUCAGAUUCUUUUAGCUCACAAUCCAAUAUUUCUAAUAAUGAUUUAGCAGUACGACCAGUUGAUAACAUUUCAGAUAAAACUAAUAUACAUGAAGUAGACACACAAAUUACUGACAAUAAUAAUGACAUGAAUGAUUCAAUUUAUAAUGCUAAUACACAGUGUAUGGGUACUACAACAACGCCUUCAAUACAUUAUAUGGAAACACAAGUGCCAACGGACCUACCGGAGAUUUGCAAAAUACCUGAUCAACACAACCUUCAUUUUAAUUUUACCACAGAAAACAAAGAAAAUGAUAUUACUAUACAUGAUACCGAAACACAGAUAGAACCUAAUAAAAAUAAAAAUGUUGUUAAUAAUAUACUACUUGAUCCCUUAAGUAAUGAAAAUAAAGACAAUGUAUCGGAUGAAGUAAUAUUAUUUGAUGAAAUUGAUAGUCAACCAUUACAGGAUAACUUUGAAUCACAAGCAUUACUACCGCCAGAAUUUAAUGAACUAAACAACGACAUUACAGAUGUUCCUAUUGAAAAUAUAAAGGAAUCUGUAAAAAUAAGCGAAAAGCAAAAAUGUACUAAUAAAGUACGCCGUGUAAAAUCUGAUAGUUCGACUGAUUGUGAAGAUGAGGACAUACAUAUUGCCAUGACACAAAAAAUACCAGAAGUAAAUGAUGAUGAUAUAACAGACUGUGAAGAUGACCCGGUAACUGUUACUAAAUCAACUGAACAAUUGCAAGAUAAUAUUAAUGCUAUCGAUGAUGAUGUCACUGAUUGUGAAGAUAAUUGUGUUACGGACAAUUUGAGUAAACCCAAACAACAAAUUCAUGAUUUAGAUACGCAAAUAAUAGAAAAUCACACAAAAACUGAACACAGUAAUAUAUUUAAAGAUAAUUAUAAAAAAACUACGAUUGAUGUUAUUGAAGUGGAUAAAAAUGUUUCAAAGGAAGAACCAACUAAUGUUCCCUUCGAAGACCUACCAACACAAGUAAUAGAAGAUGACACACAGAAAGAUAUUUGUUUUGAAGAAGAAUUGACACAAAAUAUUUAUUCACAAGAAAUCGUGCCUCCUUUUAAAAUCCCAAAACCAUCACAUUUUAAAGAUAAACGAAAAGAUAUUUCAGAUUUAAAAAUUGAUAACCUAAUAGCAAACAAUGAGCAUAGCAAGUCAAAUGAAGAUGUUGAUGUAGAUGAUAAAUUGUACUAUGCUGCUACACAGGACAUAUUUAAUGAUUUAUGCUCUCAAAGGGAGCCUUCUCCGACAAUGAAUAAAAAUCCUUCCAAGGAACCCGAUGCUGAUAAAAAUGAUAAAGUAAAUGAACUUCCUGCAGCUAAAACCGUCGCUUCGAAACCUUUAGGCCAUGACUCAACUGAUGAUAGUGACAUAGACGAUAAAAUUGAAAGUUUUGUUUCUAGCUUGUCUAGUUCGCAAAUAAGGGAUGUAGUAGGUGUUAAAAAAGUGUCGAGUGGCAGUUCAAGUGUAAAAAAUAUUACAUUAAUGAACACUGAAUUACCAACUACUGAAAAAAUAAAAAACAGUCUGACAAUGUAUAAAAAUAGGAAAUCGAAAGUGUUGAGUAAAUCAGAUCCAGGGAAUGAUAUGCGUCCGCCGAUUAAAUCUCUUGAUACAAAAACAAGCUUAACUAAAAAGAUCGAAGACGAAAUUAUACCUACACGAAAAAUUACAAGAAUUAGAAAACCUACAAAUAAAAUGUUGAAUAAGGAUGAAAUAGCUAAAAAUUUAGGAGACAACGUACUUAUGGCAACAUUGUCAACAAGCAAAAUAACAGAAAAAAACAAAGAAACAAAAUCUGACAACAUUAAAAACGUACAAGAGAAAUCAAAUAAAACUAAAACUAAAUCUGAACCUGAUGAAAGAAAUAAAACAAAAUACAACAAAACAAAAACAUCUGAUAAAACAAAAGUGGAAAAGAAAAAAUCGGAUAAUGAGACUCGCGAUAGAAAAAGAACUAAAGAUAAGGAAGAACCAAAAUCAGAACAAGCAAAGCCGACAGUUAUCCAAUCAAACAAUAAAAAAAUUUUAAACGAUAUAUCACAUUAUUUAGAUAAUACCGAGAGACGUACGCGUAGUCGAAGUAAUCAAAAAUCUGAAACUAUUAAUGAAAAAAAAUUAGAAGUGGAAAAAAAAGAAAAAGCACGCAGUCGAGAACAAAGCACAGAUAAGAAAAGUCAACACACGCGUACUAAGGAAAUAGAGAGGAGUAAAUCGCCCUUAGAAAAUGUAAGACGAAGUAAGAGACAUAGAUCGUCUAAGAAAAAGGAAGAAAUACAGAAUGAUACAUCUAAAGCAAACCUUAACAAUAGCGCUCUUGAUCAAAGUGCGGUUUAUAACAUUUCGUACGAGUCAUUAAAUAAAGUAAAGUUCAAGAGAUCAGCAACUGAAAAUAUUGAGUUGCCGAGUGCAAAGAAAACCAGGACAGAAGCGAAUUCUAAUAAUUUAUCUUUAAGGGCCACGCCUGCUCGGAAAGUCAAAACACAUUAUGUUUUGUUCACAGCGUUUCCGUGCGAAAAAGUAAAGGCGAAAUUAGAAAAAUUAGGGGCUAUAAUAGUGACCGACGUGAUGCAGUGCACUGUGGUACUGACGAUGCAAAUCAAGCGAACCUUUAAAUUAUUAUGCGCCCUUGGACUCGGAAAGCCCAUAGUUGGUCCGCCCUGGGUGCAAGUCUGUGCAGACAGCAAUAUGAUUGUUGACCCCUGGCUACACUUGAUCAAGGACGAGGAAACUGAGAAGCGUUUUCAGUUUAAUUUGGAGCGUUCGCUUGCAGUUCGUCGCGGCUUCCUCAAGGGGUACAAUAUAUCUUCCACCCCCAGUGUGAUGCCUUGCGCUCAAGAGAUGCAAUUAAUAGUCGAAUGUUCCGGCGGAACAUGGAAGAGUAAGGGACCAAACUGGAUUUGUGUGUCGGCAAUUGCUGACAAGGCGCUCUGGCCUGCUCUCAAGAAGAAAGGCGCUACCAUUGUAUCUACAGAGUUCAUUCUGGCCGGUGUUCUCAGACAGAAAGUGGAAAUAGAAGUAAACAAGUUGGAAGGCUUACCCAAAGAGAAUAUAUAAAAAAAUAUCUUGAAAGAUAUGACAUUAUCUUAUAAUUUUUUAAACUAUUGUAAACAUUAUGACAACUCUAAAAUAUAUGCUAUAUAAUCCAUUUCGUUCAGAUUUAUAUGAUAAUGAACGAAACCAAAUCUAUAAAAAUAAUUACAUCUAUUUUUUAUUUUGCUUAUUAAUUAUAUGAUUUAAUUGUUUAUAUAUUUCGGUUCGGUAAUUCAUACUUGUAAAUUCUUAACGUGCCUUAAAUAUUGAAUCACAUGAUUUUUUGUCAAAAUUUCACUCGUAAGAAUCGUGUAAUAAUAAUAUAAAUUUAUGUAAAAUAUUGUGCCAAAAUAUAUUUUUAGCCGAUUUUAUAUGAAGUAAUAGUAGCUAUUCCAAAGCAUGAAAGUGUUUUUUUUCAAGAAUAAUAUUUUAUAAUAGUGAAUGUCUUUUGUAUAUAUAAACGUAAAUAAAAACUUCAAAAGUCAAAGUUUCAUUUGGUGGCAAUUUUGAACAAAUUACGAUAUUUAGUAUAGGAGAUUGUUACCAGCAUUAAAAAUGUGUGCAAAUUUUAUCUCGAUCGGUUGUAUGUUGCUGGUUUAAAAUUCAGUUGACUUGACAAAGUUAAAAUAAAUUAUAAAAAAAUACAAACUAUACAACACAAACACUAUAUCUCUUGAAGAUAUACUUAAGCGGAAAUAUAUCGGUUUCAAGUUUGUCUUUUUUUCAAUUUAUAAUUAAAUGGAAAAAAUAAUAAUGUAUAUGGAAAAUCUAUUUGUGUAAAAUAGAGUUUUCAUUAAUUUCUAGUUGAUCUAGGUAUUAGGGUAGUUAUUGUUAAUAAAUAGUUUUUAUUACAAUUAUAUUUUUAAUAUUGUACCAGUGUUACAAGAAUUUUAUUAUUAGCUUUAUUUGUGGCAUAUUUCUUUCUAUUUUAUCUUCGAUCACUAUCUAUUUUAUUUUUACUAAGUUCAAAAUACAAAGUGCUGGAUUUGAUCGCAUGCGAAGCUGCGGGUUUUUAUGAACAUCAAAUUUGCUUAUUACAUACUUUCAUAUACAUUAGACAUAUAAUAUGUAUUUAUAUAUAAGUAGACAGACUGCCAAAUGGACCACCUGUUGGUAAGUAGUCACCACUGCCCAUAGACAUUGGCACUGUAAGAAAUAUUUACCAUUCCUAACAUCGCCAAUUCACCACCAACCUUGGGAAUUAAGAUUGUGUCUCUUGUGGCUUACACUGACUCACUAACCCUUCAAAACGGCCAGUCGGCUUGCAAAAGCCCGAUUACAAAGUUUAUACAUUAUAGGAAGAAAAAUUUAAAGACAGAAAAUUUAUAUUCAUAAUUAAACUUAAGUUUUAUUUCAACGUUAUGACUGAAAUAAAGUUUUGCAUUUUAGUGCUUUAUUUAUAUUUUGAACUUAAAUAUCAAAAUUGAAGGCCUUACUUAUAAUCAUGCUUAGCAGUUAUUUAGUAAAACACAUGUCUCUCUUUCUGUAUUUAUUGAUUUGGCAUUCGAAAGAAGAAGACACUGCAUUGAUGUUAUAUAAAUAUAAUAUUAUGUUUCAAUUCAAUCAUAUAAUUACUAUUUCAGUUCGUUAAAUCUAUUUGUAACAUAAUUUGAUUUUAAUCAUCACAAUGUUUUUGUUGACUGUGCAUAAUAAAAUAUUUAGUUUAAAAUUUUAUUUUCUUUCUUUUUGAUU